AUGAAGACCAUCGCUCUGCUUACCACCCUCCCCAUCAUCGCGCAAGCCCUAGUCGGCAUUGACUGGAGCGUUACCAACGCUCCAUCCGUCGGCCUAAAAGACAUCUCCUUCCCAAUGAACAUUGCGAAUGCACCCCACGAAGAAGGAUACUAUUUCGCCCAGCAGUUCGGGUUCCACGGCGUGUCCGACGUCGGAUAUACGGGUCUUCAACCUCGGCCGGACUCUAACGGCCGCAGCAUUAUCCAUGCCGUAUUCUCCAGCUUUAUCGACGGGACCACUACAACCGACAGCAACUGCCAUGACGGUGCCGACGGAGGCUCAGGUGUUAGCUGCAGCAUCGAGAUCCCCGCGCCUUAUGGCCACGCAUAUAACCUGGUUGUUAAAAAUACAUUGGGCACUACCUGGACUGGGACGCUCGUGGACGCUUCCAAUAAAGAAUCGUAUCACAUUGGUACGUACAGCUUGCCUGCUGGCACCGGCGGGAUCAAGGAUAAACAGGUUGGGUUUAUCGAGUACUAUCCCUGGAAUGGACAGCCCAGUCACACUUGUGGCUCGUUGCCGUGGACUGAUGUCGCUUUUGGAAAUCCUACCACCACUGCUCAGGGAGUCUCUGCGAAAGUGGGCAAACCGUAUGAAUAUGGGGACUGUGUGGGUAAGGUUAAUUUCAAAGUGCAGGAGAUUAAUGGGACCUUGGAGGGGCUUUCAGGGUCUGGUAAUGUUGAAGGCAAGGGCCUGGGUCUUGCCACGGUCGUCGCUGGUGCUGAUGGCGGCGAGGUUGAGCUGAUGGUCCCCUUUAGUAGUGCUGAAGAUGAAACUUUGAUAGGACCAAGAUGUCCUACUGUGGAAGCCAUCCUGGUCAUCGAACCCGUGAUCACCGUCAAAGGCGCCACCAUUGUCCGAGCGUGGAGCAUGGAUCUUAUCCUCGCUUGGUAUAUUCAGCGACGACACCAUGUACUUCAAAGUCGGAUACACCUGCUCGAUACCUACAGGGUUCUGGACGGCAAAGCCGAUGGGCAUAAGCGGCAUAAGCUCAAAGGUGUCGUUGCGUGGGAAGACGACGUCGACCUCUCCGAAGCCCAAGCCCGUGCGACCUGUCGUCCCCAGGUGCCCACCACGCUGAGUGCGACAAGAUGUGCCUUCAAACUGAGCAUGCUAAGCGAGCAGGCAAGAGGAUAG